CACUAGCACAUGACGCUAAAAUAGGCGGAAAAACUCGAAAAACUGGGAAAAAGACGCCCGGUGAAAAAUCAUUCAGAAAACUAAUAGAUUCAAAUAUAUUUGUGUUAGAAAAAGCCACUAAGAUGCCACGUACCAAGAUACCAAAGAACUCAAAGCGCAACCGCGAGGUGGCCAAUCGCGAGGAGAAGGUGCGCCUGUUCGAAUUAAAGAUGGAUUCUCGCCUGAUGAGCAUCGACUCAUUGGAGACCAAGUACAUAGGCGAUGUGGACAACAAGGUGAGGUCGCUGCAGUCGAUUAUUCAGACGGAGCUGCGCGACAUGAAGAUGUCCGACAUCCUGCACUUGUUCGGUGAGCUGAGCCGCUUGGGUGACUUCAAGGCCAGCGAUCAGACGCAGAUGAUUGCGUCUAUGUCGGCGAGCUGCAACACGACGGGUGGAAACGGAUUGGUUCCGCCCAGUUCCGGCAGCCGCAACGACGAAGGUUACCUUACAGAGGACAGCAGCCUAGGAGCUAGCGGCAGCAGCGUUCUGGCCGUCUCCACAGCUUCCAUGCUGCGCUCCGCCAAGGCCAUGCGUACGCCUGGCCCCCUUCACUCGGCCAGGGCCCGUCGCGCCCGCCGCAGUCGCUCGGCUUGCGGGGAGCUGAGUAUCAUCCACUCAGCCAAGGCUGCCGCUGUCCCGAGCAGCAACAGCAAUGCGAACCGUGUGUCUCGCAGCAAGAUGCGCACUCCGAUGGCCUCGCGGCCCAAGGCAUUCAGUGCCGAUCGCACUCCCCUCAUGCUGCAGAAGAGUCGGACCUCGUCCCCCUCGACACCGCCAAUGGCCUUCCUGCGCUACCCCAAGCCGGGCGAGGUGGCUCUCUCCAAAUUCGGCAGUCCCAUGGUGGCACAAGUAAUGCCUGAAAAGUUUGCCAAUGUGAACAUACCCAUUCGGAAUGGCAUCCUGAGUUUGCGGCCCAAGAAACUAGACGCUGGUGAAGUCGAGUCGAACCUGCUGGAGAACAUAGACGAGCACACCCUGAAUCAGAUCAGAACACUGCACGCCAACUUGCAGUUGAUUGUGAACAAGGCCAGCCAGGCGGGCUUCAAGUAGUGGCCCCAUCCCAAAUCAUAUCUAGAUGUAAUCAAAAUCAAAUAUCAUAUAUUUUAAUAUGUUUCGUUUAAGUUCAGUUCGCAAAUUAUGCACUACUUAUUAGUUAUUGCUUAUUUUACACAUUUUCCCAUCCAUAAUAUUCUGUAAUCCAUAUUGAGAUCAAUACAAGUUCAAAUUUAUGUUCAUCGAA